CCCUAGACUACGGAGGCCGCUACGCCAAGGCCAUAGUGCGGCUGGAAGGAAUAGGUUAAUUACAAAAUUCAACCGCGUGCCUCUACGCACAAAGAACUGCGAGAAAAAAUAUAGUUCUGUACAUUUUCAUACUUAUGGACUUCCUUUGGAUCUUAGAAAAUGUGUGUGGAGUACGGACUGGACAAUUGGCGGGCUCUUUCAAACAAAAUAACGAACUUCAGGGUUCCGUAAAAUGCAGGUAACUUCUUGACCAGCUGAGCUAAACAAUGACUCAGCUGAAAGGAGUUAAGAAGUGUUCAGAGAUGGAGUUGCUGUAUCAGCUGUAUUUUUCUGUCGAUAAGAAACUGACAUCUAGAAAUAUGUCCUUUCAAUAUAACACGAAUAACAAGACCAAUUAAGUCUGCGUUUUUAAGAUAACGUUCACACUGUUUUGCCAUUAAAAACCCAUAAUGAACUUUUGGUCUUGCUAAUUUACCCGGCAGUUCAAAAGGGCAACCCUAGCUCAUUUGUAUUCUUCAAUAUAUUUAAAUUUUAUUGGCUGCUGGAAUUCCCAUGUAUCUUGUAAUCUCGCUCAUGUCUAGAUAAAGGAAUAUGCGCACUAUAUAGCUUACAUAUGUGCGUUAUUUACUGACUAUGUAAAUGGAUACGCUGCUUCAGUUCAUUAACUGGAAGCCAUCAUUAAACCACACACUAAUUACACACGGCACAGUGUAACAAUUCCCUGGGCACAUUCGUGACUUCAGUUGUGUCACGUAACCAGCAGAGAACAUGCAGAAGGAAGAUGACGGAAGACAACCUACCAGAGCGAUUCUUCCACAAGUGCUACUCUCAUGCGGAUGUUGUGUGGUGGGAAUUUCUUACGGCAUGUCAACAGGACACUCGGCCGUGCUUCUGCCUCACCUGCAGGCAGACAACAGCAGCCUCUACAUUGACAACGACACUGGAUCCUGGAUAGCAAGCGUGUACGCAAUAGCUAGCCCGGUGGGCUGCCUCCUGGGGGGCCUAGCCAUGGACAUCUGGGGCAGGCGGAAGAUAAACUUUAUUGGAAACGUCGGCAUGGUUAUAGGAUGGCUUCUGAUUACGUUCGCCUGGAACGCAGCCAUGCUCAUAUCCGGCAGAAUCGUCGAGGGUUUCUCAAGGAGCAUUCUGGCCACGUGCAUAACGGUGUUUGUGGACGAACUCGCAGACCCCACAUUCCGAGGCUUCAUAGUGAGUAGCAUUUUCACUUGCGUGUCCGUUGGCAUCAUGGCUAUCUCGAGCCUCGGCGCCUUGGUCGACUGGCGCACGGCGUCUGCGCUAGCUGCUCUGCCGUCCGUUGUAAACGUGAUCUCACUGUAUUUCGUGUCUGAGUCACCGACCUGGUUCGUGAGGAAGAAUCGAAUGGAGGACGCUGAGCGCGCUCUGCAGUGGCUCUGGGGGCCGGGAAAUGAGGCACAAGCAAGAGACGAACUGAGUGGUCUCAUAGCGAGACUACGCCCCAGACAGCGAUAUCAUCACAAGAUCCUGGAUAGUCGAGAGAUUAUACAAACUUUCAGAGAUUUCUUCAGACCUCGAAUCGUGAAACCUUUCCUAAUAAUACAUUUAUUCAACAUCUUCCAAGCCUUCUGUGGUCUGGGUAUAUUUACAUAUUACACGGUCGACAUUCUUUCAAAGACGAGGAAAUUUGGAACACAGGUAAUGGAUGAUUAUUCGACGACUGUUUUAGUCUCCGGUGUAAGAGUAGUUACUGUUCUUGUGUCUUCGUUUCUUAUGUUGAGGGUUGGCCGACGCACUUUAGCAAUGAUUUCGGGCGUCUUCUCUUCAGUUUCUUCUCUCUGUCUGGGCGGUCUGCUCUGCCUGAACAGUCUGGAGUUCGGUUCUCCGAUUUCUCCACAACACGAAGCCAACAUAGCGUUCGUAUUAAUAAUUAUUUAUGCAGGAGCCAUGUCCUUUGGGUUCUUUGGCCUUCCGUCUGUCAUGAUAGGAGAAACUCAGCCAGCCCAUGUACGGGGGUUCGCCUGUGGCUACAUAUACACGGUGAACGAUCUUCUUCUGGGAGCAGUCGUUAAGAUAUACCCCUGGAUGUCGAGCAACCUGCAGAUACAUGGUCUCUUCUUCAUGUUCGGAAUAUCGUGCGUCAUGUGCACUAUUUUCGUCUAUCUCUUCUUGCCGGAAACACAGGGGCUGACUCUGCAACAAAUUGAGGACUACUUCCGGAAACCUAACAUCAUGUGGAUAAACAGGAACAAAUAUUCAGACGGAAGGACAGAAAGCGAAGACAUCGACGUGGACAUCAUUUCUAAACCAUUAAAUUAGAACUGAACAAAGUGCUAAAUAUUUAAACUACCCCCCCCCCCAUACAACGAGGUGUAAACUGCACACAGAAGCUAAAUUCAUGUCACCGAGUCAAAAAUCCCAUUUGGGCCAUGUAACGGUGUUGGGUAGUAACUAAACUAACUUCAUGGAGCUGAGCCCUUUUUGAGGAGCCGCCAAUUGUGCAGCUACUCAAGAAUAUCCCAGCA